AUGCCACCAAAAGCCGCUGGAGGUAAAUCCAAACAAAUUCAAGCAUCCAAAGCUGCCGCCAAAGGUAGUUCCGGUGGUGCCGGUAGAAAGAAAUGGUCUAAAGGUAGAUCAAGAGAAAAGUUAAACAAUGCUAUUCUCUUCGAUAAAGAAACCUACGCCAAACUCUUAAAAGAAAUGCCAACUGCUAAAGUUAUCACUACCGCUGUUGUUUCUGAAAGAAUGAAGUGCAAUGGUUCAUUAGCCCGUAGAGCCAUCAAAGAAUUAUUAUCAAAAGGUCUCAUCAAACAAAUCAUCAAAGGUCACGGUAACGGUGUUUACACUAAAGCUCAAUAA